GGCUCAGAUGCGACCCAAGCGGUCGAACACACAAAGGCUUUUCCUACAUAUAAGACGCUCUUCAUAUCUUCAUUAGCGCCCUUUAGUUUUGAUCGCCACCUUCCCUCUAUCAGUCAUCUAUUCUUCCUUCGCAUCUUGCUUCCUUCCCACCUUGUUUCCUUCCCAUCUUGCUUCCUCCGUCAUCUACUUUCAAUCACCCCCUACCCUCCACGCCAACAAUGGAAAAGGAAUCCAUCUUUGACAGCCCUCUGGUCAAGAGCGAAGUUGCAAAAUACCUCUCCAACAAUGAUCUAGCACAGUGUGCUCUCGUCUCCAAGAAGUGGUCUGCCUGGUUCCUUCCUGCCCUCUGGCGCUCCAUCAAAUUCGGGCAACUUUCAUUCGGGCAACUUUCAACGAUCUCAUCUGAGGGUCUGAAACGACAUCAAGGUCAUAUCCAGUCCCUCCAAGGAUAUCAAUUUAACUCGGCGGCUCAGCCCUACGUUUGGUCAUAUCCUAACCUCACGUCGCUUGAGUUUGGACCCGGUUUCGGUCGCCACGGUCGUCGAGUGGACCUUGCGACCUUGAAAAUGGUGGCAGGAUCGCCUCAUUUGGAGCAUCUCAAGAUAUCGCUCAAUCUCGACCAUGUGGAUGUCUACCAAGAACUGAGGCGGGUUCUUCAGUCGCUGACUCGGCUAAAGAGCUUGGAAUUGCACCUCAUUGAAUUUAUCGAACCGGUUGUCAUUCAGGAUAUUCUGGAGAUAUGUAGCCGAGUCAAAUUCCUAUCAGUAUUUCUGCAAAGCGCGACCUACUUUAUGCCAGGAGACGAAGGAGCUCAGCUCAAGCUCGCAACGGAGGCCAUGAAGCGCAUGCAGGACACCCAGGUCCAGCACUUGGAGUUCCAGGCGACCGACGGGAGCCUCGAAUUGUCGAUUUUGCCAUUGUUUUUAAAGAAAUGUCCCAUGUUGGAGAGCCUCAGCCUGCCAUCACUGUGCCAGGAGCAGACAAUGGAACAAGUGGUAGAGAUAAUCAAGGAGAGAACAUGUCCGAAACUCAAGCAUUGGAGCCAUGGCCGCGUUACCUACAGUGGAAUGUCGGAAGAUCUUUUCUUGGAAACAUUUCGAGCAACCAAGUCUGGCACCGGCGAGUACGACAGUGAUGGGGAUUGGAUGGAAGGUGGCCUGAAGACGAUCGCAGUGGGGUACCCAGUGGCACUGGACGAACGCGUAAUUCGAACAAUCACGGAGUAUCAUGGUACGACACUGACAACCAUGAAUACUCCCGGUUUCACCAUGGACCUCCCAUCCCUCACGUUGCUUUUGAGCGGACUCCCAGCGUUGAAGUCCCUCGCGGCUACGGUCACUUUACCAAACGCAUCGACGCACGACCCGGACCUGGAAUUGACAAAGAAGACUUCGUGGGCCUGCACUGGGUUGAAGUAUCUAGAUGUGACCUGCAACACUACGGGAACCUUCAAGGUCCCUGGAGGGAAACGCUGGGAUGCUUCGGCAGAGAAGACCUGUACGGACUAUUUGUUUUCACAGAUCGGGAGCUUGACGCAGUUGGAGGAAUUGAUUCUGAGGACGGGCAUGUUCGAUCCAUUUAUCUUGAAGAAUGGAUACUUGAUGCCGUUGUCUGGAUUGUCGAACCUCAAGACAUUGCGCCUGCCACGGCAAUACAACAUCCGUAUGGGCGUCAAGGAGGCAGAGUGGAUGGCCGAGAACUGGACAAGUCUGGUUUAUGUCGCGAUUGAGGUGGUCUCCAGGGCUCUUGUAUCAGAUGAAAAAUCGCGCGAGGCAUUUGAGGCAACGUUGAAGGAGAAGCGGCCAAGCGUCGAGAUCGGUCCUAGUCAGCCUUAUUCUCACAUGUUGUUCGGAGGAGGUUUCGUCAACAAUAGACUUGGCGGAUACAACAAUGGAUUUGGCGGCUGGGGUGUACAGAAUGGAUUCGUCCCAUUCCCUUGGAUACGCCGUUCAAUGAAUAUCAAAUAAACAGCGAGUAGUAGUAAUACUCAGGUUUUUUGCGAGAAUAUGAUAAAGAUUAUGUAUCGAGUUGAGCGUUCAGCCAGUACGCGAUUAUUGGAGGUCGAGCCGCAUAGCGGGUACGUGUCGGACAUUGUGCUAUCCAGUGUGGUAACGAGGGGAUGGGAUUGUAUGUAGACAGGUAGUCCCGCUGCUUUGGAGGGAGGAGGAGUUUCUGGCAAACCAAGUCCGAUAUUGUGACGG